CAGAAAAACUGCUUCAGUAGCACAAUAGAUUACAAAGUGUAAUAGUCAAUUGUUAACGUGGCAGUUUUCGAUUUUGAUAUAACAAACGGUGGCAAUAGAGGCGAAAACUACCAUUGCCCUGCGUUGCCAAUCAUACAAACAAACAAUCGACGCAUAAUAAACCACAUCCCAACGUGUUGUUGACGCACUGCAAACAAAUGGAACGGUGGCAAAAUCGUGUGGCAUGUGUUACCGGUGCCAGUUCGGGUAUUGGGGCUGCCAUUGCCAAAGACUUGGUUAAUGCCGGCCUCAUUGUGGUAGGUUUGGCACGACGCACCGAGCGUAUGGAAGAGAUAUGCGGCAGUUUACCCCAAAACUUGCAGUCACGUUUACAUGGCGUCAAAUGUGAUGUUACCAGUGAGCAAUCUGUCAAUGAGGCAUUCGAUUGGAUCGAACAGCAUUUGGGUGGUGUUGAUGUCUUGAUAAACAAUGCCGGCACCCAUGUGUCCGGUCAACUAUUGACCAUGGAGACGAGUGCACUUCAACAAACUAUGCAAACCAAUGUCAUGGGUAUGGUUUACUGUACACGUCGGGCAUUCGUAUCUAUGCAGAAACGUAACAUUGGGGAUGGUCAUGUGGUAUUGAUUAAUAGCAUUUUGGGACAUACGAUUUUCCAACGCUCACCGGGGUUGGUGUCCCACUUGAAUAUGUAUCCUGUAACGAAAUAUGGCGUAACAGCUUUGGCGGAAAUUUUGCGGCAAGAAUUUUGGGAUCUGGAAACAAAAAUUAAAAUAACGAGUCUUAGUCCUGGCGUGGUGGACACAGAUAUAGUUCCGGAUAAUUUCAGGCAUUUGCCAAAGCUAAAGGCCGAAGAUAUCUCAGCUGGCGUAAUGUACAUUUUGGCCACACCUCCCCAUGUACAAGUGCACGAGUUGAUCAUAAAGCCACUUGGAGAACCCUUUUAAGUGUAAUGACAUAAUUGUCAAGUUCCAAAUAAAUCACUAAAAAUUUUUUA